AUGAGUUCGAACUACUUGACAUACUCUCUCGGCGACUUCAAGCUGAAGAAUGGCGGAUCCAUUCCUGACGCAAAGAUUGCCUACAAAACCUUUGGAGAUGCCACCAAGCCGCUGAUCAUAUAUCCCACCUGGUACAGUGGUUUGAUCGAGAAUAACGAGUGGCUCAUCGGAAACGACAAGACGUUGAAUCCCGAGAAGUACUUUAUCGUCAUCACUGCUCUGUUCGGUAACGGAGAAUCAUCCAGUCCCAGCAAUCGACCGGAGAUCCGACCUUGGCCGGAAGUUUUGUUCUAUGAUAAUGUCAGAGCGCAGCAUGAGCUUGUCACGAAGAAGUUGGGAAAGGAUCAUGCGCGGGCGGUGCUUGGCUGGUCAAUGGGAGCUGGACAGACUUUCCAAUGGGCCACACAGUACCCCUCGUUCAUGGACCUGAUCGUACCGUUCUGUGGAGCAGCGAAGACAUCUCUCCACAAUCAAUCAAUGUUGGAGGGAGUCAAGGUUGCACUUUUGGGCGGCAAGGGUGCUACUUCCGGCGGUGUCUGCAAAGGCGAAGCUAACCAUGCCAGCUACCGGGCCUGGUCGGUAGAGCAAAGAGAGAUUGGCUUGAAAGCCCUGGGAAGAGUUUACUCGGGCUGGGGCUUCUCGCAGAGCUUCUACCGCGAGAAGUUGUACGAAUCGCUAGGUUUCGAGGACAUUGAGGCUUUCAUGGUGAACUUCUGGGAGGCAUGGGCUUUGUCGAAGGACCCCGACAACAUGUUGGCGAUGUUGUAUACCUGGCAGGCAGGCGAUUGCUCCGCCCAGGAGCCGUACAAUGGCGAUUUCUCCGCUGCGAUGAAGGGCAUCAAAGCGAAGGCACUGGUUCUACCAUGCCAGACCGACCUGUACUUCCCGCCAGAAGACUCUGAGAUUGAGGUCGCCAACAUGACGCCAGGCAUCGGAAAAUGCGUUGCCUUUCCUAGCAUCUGGGGCCACUGGGCGGGAGGGCCAGGCGAUAGCAUCGAAGAUGUCAAGUGGCUUGAGGAGAAAUUGAGGUCCUUCUUUGCAGAGAACUAG